AACAAAAGCUAGAGGGAGAAAAAACAUUAUGGAGCUGAAAAAUAAAAUCUUUCUUGUUCUACUUGUAUCAAUAACCAUUCUCCAAUCUUCAUCCGCAAACCCAAGUCGCUCGGAACCAGACCGGUUCAUUGUGUCGUCAUGCCAAACCACACGGUAUCCAUUAUUAUGUGUGCAUACACUCUCUGCUUACGCCACCAAGAUCCGCCACAACAAUGAUCAAGAUCUCGCCCAAACCGCUCUUACCAUCAGCUUGGCUCGAGCCAAGUCUGUUUCUAUCUUCGUCGCUAAACUAACCAAAGAGACACCAAGAUUCAAGCGUAGAGAAUAUUUAGCAAUCAAAGAUUGCAUCGAAGUGUUAGGCAAUAGCGUGGACCGGUUAGCUCAAUCGGUUAAAGAACUAGGUCGAGCUGGCCAUGCUGUGGCUAGUGAGGACUUCAUGUGGAAGAUGAGUAACGUUCAGACAUGGGUCAGUGCUGCUUUGACUGACGAGACAACGUGUCUAGAUGGGUUCUCGGAUCGAGCUAUGGGAGGCAAAGUGAAGAGGCUGAUUCGGUUUAAAGUGGUUCACGUUGCUCAAGUCACUAGCAAUGCUCUUGCUUUGGUUAAUCAGUUUGCAGAGAAACGAAGUGUGAAGCUUCCCUAAAUUGAUGAGUUUUUGUUUCUUUAUAUGUGAAAAUUUUGGUUUGUAUGUGAAAGUUUGAAUCUAAAAAAGUUGUAUAAAUUGUUAUCUUUUUGUGUCGGUCGGAAAAGAAAACUAGAGAGAUUGUGUAACGAUCUUUGUAGUGUUCUGUAUGAUAUUUUAAUUUUAAGAUAAUUAUAUAUACAUAUA